AAUCACCUGGAAUGGGGCGGGAUGCUGGGCCAGGGGCGCCUGAAGUUUACAUAGGAGAGCCAAAUUUAACCAUGGGGGGCUGGGGAGAGGUAGAGGCUAGGGUUGAGAGAGAUGGUCUUGGUUAGCAGUAGCAGCAGUGUGUUUGGGUCAUUAGGCGGUGGGAGAGGAAGGCAAGGCCCUUGACUGGAGACGGGAGGGACUGUCAGCGGCAGUGUGGAACCGCCUUGUUGUGGCCAAGCGGUGCUCCGGUGCUCUCGCUGGUGUUUCCUGUCCAUUCAAGGACAUCACUGCUGCUGGACGGGAGAGGAGAGAACAGCGGAGAGGGGCAGCCUGUCACAGAGGCCUUGCAGGAUCGGAGAAAGCUGGACGAUGGGAGCCCUAUAGACUCAGAGCCCCACGGAGUACUGCGCUUCUGGGAAUGAGUAGCCUUCCAAGACACAGUUAUCUGUCACUACCAUGGGAGAUUGGAACCUGCUAGGGAAGCUGCUGGAAAAAGCCCAAGAACACAGCACUGUAGUUGGCAAGGUCUGGCUCACCGUCCUGUUCAUCUUUAGGAUCCUGGUUCUGAGUGCUGCCACAGAGAAGGUGUGGGGUGACGAACAGUCAGGCUUCACCUGCGACACCAAGACGCCCGGCUGUGAGAAUGUCUGCUAUGACAUCACCUUCCCCAUCUCGCACGUACGCUUCUGGGUGCUGCAGAUCAUCUUCGUGUCCACGCCCACGCUCAUUUACCUGGGCCACAUUCUCCACCUGGUGAGAAUGGAGGAGAAGCAGAAGCAGAGGGAGAAGGAUGCAGAGCGGGCCGGAGACAAACACCCCCUGGUCGAGACCAGGCCCCGCAAGGCUCCGCUGAGGGACGACAGGGGGAGGGUUCACCUGAAGGGGGAGCUACUGAGGACUUACGUGUUCAACGUCAUCUUCAAGACGCUGUUUGAGGUGGGUUUCAUCGUCAUGCAGUACCUGCUGUACGGCUUCCAGCUGGAGCCCAUGUAUACCUGCGACCGCCCGCCCUGCCCCAACACCGUCAACUGCUACAUCUCCCGGCCGACAGAGAAGACCAUCUUCAUCAUCUUCAUGCUGGCUGUGGCCAGCCUCUCGCUGUUCCUCAACCUGAUCGAGAUGUACCACCUGUGCUUCACCAAGUGUCGCCGGGGCAUUAAGUACAGGAGGGCGGAGCUGAGCGCUGACUCCGCGUCCAAGGAGCCCAGCGAGGCGGAGGAGGCGGUGCCCUGCGCUCCCGGCUACGCCCCUUAUCACUACCCACAGCUUCAACCGUCCUACCAGGUUCAGCCGGCCUACCCGCUGGUCCCCUCCUACAACAUGUCGCCCCUACCUGAGGACGCGGACUCCACCUACCAGCCCUGCCACAGCAAGGCCGCCUACAGGCAGAACAAGGACAACUUGGCAGUGGAGCGGAGUGGCACCGGUAUGCCGGACGAGGACGCGGACCUGAAGGUGACGAAGAGUGGAGGGGGAACGUCGGGUGGUUCGGAGCCAGGGUCACCGUCUCUACCCAGGGGUCAACGGCAUGCCCCUAAACACAGCAACAACAAGACCAGAAUAGACGAUCUGAAGAUCUGAGACAGGUUCGGGUUUCUAUGUGGAUGUCUAAGGUUCCUCGAAGGCAUUCUGAGGGCUGCAGCACAAUGGCGCCCUGUUCUCUUUGUAGUGCCCUACGUUUAAUAAGAGCUUUGUUGUUGCUCCCAUGGGCCUUGGUUAAAAGUAGUGCACUAUAUAGGGAAUAGGGUGGUAUUUGGGAUAGCAUAAAUGUGACCAACGGUCAGCCCCCCCCCCCCCCCCACAGCCGUCUGGUGGAUGGCUGAGCUUUGACUCACCAGGGUGGAUUUACAGUCAGAGGACCCCCAAAGGAAGUGAGACCGGUGUGUUGUGAAUAUGUUUUGUGAAGGGGCGUUGGGUUUAGAGGACAAUGCACAGCAUCUUCGAACUCUGUCAGAAAGCCCUCCACUCCUUUGUGACAUUAGGACUACUGUAUGUCUGGUAAAUAUAUACAAUAUAGGAACCAUUUCUGUUAUAUGAAACUGUGUGCUGAAUAGUGGUAGUGCCAAUUCCGAUAGUUUACUAUAUGAGGAACAGGGUGUACUUUGACCAAGAUCUUAUUAGAAUGAAUAUUUCUUGAAUUUCCAUAUAUGAUUUUGACUUCUCCGAGAUUAAUCCUGGAUGCACUUUCACAUGUAAAGUACUGUAUUUUAUCAGCCACAACAACUAGCUGCUAGGCAAACUGAAAAUAGAUCUAUUUUAAUGGAAAAUAAAAGAUAUUUAUGUAUCUAAAUGGAAAAUAUUUUUUUUAAACAUGCCUUGCAGAGGUUUGUGGACUGUGUCCAUAGCAGGGCUGUGUGUUUCAAGCUGUUCGAAUGAAUCCCACUAGGACCAUUUAAACACACAGUGACAUGGUUAACCAUGUACAGGUCACAUAUUAACACACAGAACAGCCAGGACCAUCAGUGUUAGGUCCAGGCAUCACUGUAUUAUACCUGUACUGAGCCGCACCUAAACUGUACUCUCUAUCACUGACAACAACGUUAUAGCCAAUAGCACUCACAUGCUAAUUAUUACUGGCCCACAGAGACUGUAGGGCCUGACUGUACAGCACAAGG